AUGCACCCCUCGACUUUACUGGCGCCAGUCCUGAAUUUUGCGAAGAAGAUACUGUCUCUUGGUUUUCCCAUUUCUUCCAUACGCCGUUUAUUUUCCGUGCUCUGCUUCUGGGCGAAGUUAUUCGGUCAUAAAUCGCCAGCUUCCGGUGGUCCUUUGAUAAGGCGCGAGCGGUUUCAUAGAAAGCGAGACAACCCGCCAACAACCAUAUGUGCAAGUAUAUUACCUGGUGUAGAAGGGGAGAUAGUGAUUACCAGGCCGCCGUCAACAUCGAUCCAGCCUAUACAUUCUCCCUGUCCUGUUAGGAAGUUUGCCUCGCAGGAUGGAUAUCCAACAGCCGCGAUCUCAAGAUCAUCUCUCGAUAAGGCUUGUAGCAAUGAUAAUAUCAAUAAAGAGCCCAAAUGCUAUACCGUAGAGGCAGGCAUCUCUACCAUCGGUGCAUCCUCAAGUGACAAUGAUACACUUACUGAAGAUCCUUAUUCACUCUAUACAUCAAAUCUCAUGAAUAUACCACCAUAUAUGCGAUCAGUGGCGUCUCCUUCAUCGUCUCGCCAUAGUUUGCACGUUCCAUCUGCUGAUAACAAUAACUUCAAUGAACCUAUCUUACGGCCUGUUAGUUCAGCGUCGAGUGUCAGUCGACGUUCGCGGGCUUCUUACCCUCGGUAUACAGCACCGCUCCUCCCUCUCACAAAUAUUGAGGCGACCAGUAGUCACAAUGGGCCUAACGGUGCUGUCGCCGUAGCUCCUGCUAGGCUUAUUGCCCAACCAAAUGGUGACAGGCCUGGAACUCCUGUUCUCGUUUUUGAAUCAAGCAUCCCAGAAGUUCACCCUCUAUUGACAAUGCAUGCCAGUGAACAGAGAUAUGGGAUGACGCACAAGAUAUCCACCGACCAGCAAUCACACGAAAUUCCUGCUCUACAACUGAGCUACCCAGAGCACGAUGGAGCUCUUCCACCUGAAUGGACCAAACCAUUGCAACCUGAAGGCGCGUGUUACUUUAUGCACAAGGAGAGAAGGAUAUUCACCCAUGCGGACAUCUGUGACCCCGAUGUGCUUGAUGACAUCAUAAAUCUCGCAGACCACAUACAGAAGGAACUUCAAUGCCAGUUAUCUUCGGAUUAUCAUAACGAAAUUGAACUUGUGAUCGAGCCCCGUACGGGGAAGAAUGAUGCGCUUGUGGGUCUAUACUACUUCGUGGACCCACGGAACCAAUGUGUAUUUUGGCUGGAAAACUGUGAUGGCUCACCUUUCCUCAAUGAAUGCAAGGGUGUUCGUCAACUCUCUCACAAAAAAUUGGCAGUAACUGCUCAAUACUGGAAACAUUGGGAGUUAUUCCCAAAUUUAUGCCAUGUAUCUGAAGAUAUAUUAGAGGAAUUGAAGAACAUGUUAUUGCAAGCUCGCUGUGAUCAUAUAAUGUCAGAAGAAUCCACGGCCCCGCUCAAUGCUGAGGUGUUGUCACAGCUCUUUGACAUCGUGAACAACAUCAAAUUAACUGGUAACCCAAAUUUAAGCGUCUAUCGCGCUUGGAUAGUAGGCAGGAUUAUGCAUGAAUUCGCACGCAAUCAAUUUCUCAACUUCUACGGCCAAAAGUGCGCUCGUCUUGGCGUCUUGCAAUCGAUUUACGGGGAAGAUCUUGAGCAACGAUCAUGGAAAAUGUCUGUUCUCUCUCAUGCUUUGUUUGGCGCUCCAAAGGUGCAUGUCGAGGCAUUGCACAAGCUAUAUGUAGACGGCAUUGCGUGUACAUUUACAUGGAAACGAUUUAUGGAAAACCUCAACAGCGAGGUCCAAGACUUUAACUUGCUGGCUAGCGUUUUACUUAACGCCAACGUGGGGUUCUUAGCCAUACAAAGUGUUGAUAAUGGCAGUGGUGCCAAUGACAACGCUCGGUCCUUAACUCAGAUCGCCAGUUAUUUAUCCCUGGUUGCAAGUGUUGGAAGCAUCGUUCUUGGUUUAGUACUCGUUCGGCACACACGUACUAAAAAAAAUGAUUCUGCUGACAAAACUGCCAACUUUUUGAGGCAUAUGAAGCACAAUCAAUUCGGCCAAGAAACACUUGCUGUGAUUUAUAGUCUUCCCUACGCUCUUCUCAUGUGGGGAAUGCUGCUAUUCUUGGCCGCAUUUUCUUUCGAGUGCUACAAACCUGCAGACGACCUCUCCCGCCUAUUAGUUGGCAUCACCUCACUAGCGGUAGGCCUUCUCGUUAUCUGGUGCAUUGUUGCUCUCAGGGCGGGGCUGAAUGGACGUGAUGCUGACUGGCGGAACUUUGUCCCACGGCGAGUACAAAAAAUAUUGGAUCGAGAAGUGACGGGCCAAGACAUGGAGGAUGACAAUGGUUCUCAACUGAGCGUCAUUUCGCGUUUAUGGCAGUUCGCUUCGCUGGGAAAGGCUGUCAGAGCCCAGUCAUCUCAGGAUCCGGACAUAGAAUUGGCGGCAGCAGGUUCAAAUUCUGGUGUUCAUUGUACUUUACGGGUUCGAGCUGCAACUGGAGAUUCUGUUCCGUCGUCCGAGGUUGAAGCUUAACAACUCUGUAUAGAAUUUCUGUAUUUAUAUUGGGUGUAAUUCUAGAGCAUUUACUGAAUCAUGUAUGUAAACACCAGUUCUACGACUGAAUCAUAUAGCUUGCUCUUUGAGGUUAUCAUCCGUCUUGAACACAGAAGAAUAAGAGAUGAAAAGUCGGCAGAUCGAACGGCAUCUAGUCUAAUGCUGACUUCGAUAAACUCACCUUGAAUAUCGAACAAGAUGUAUACGCGAUUCUAUAAGAUUUUUGAACCUAAUUU